UUAGGCGAGUCAUUUGUGAGCGCAUGCUAGAACAGGUGCUAGAUCUCGGAAUCGCCAGAUUGCAACUGUCCAAAAGAAAAAAGCGAUCAUCACAGCAAGUCCGAAGUCAAUGAAAACCUCCUUAUCUUAGCAUCAAUACUAACAAGCCAGCAACGCAGAUCGACCGGUGUAACUGCGGUCACGGGAAAAAUCAAUCCUAUCUCUGAACAAGUGAUUUACAAUUACACUAACAAACAACCAAAUACAAAUAGUUCGAUGCGCGAGGCACACUGAUAGCGCGGACUGGGGAACCGAAGGAACGACGGAGUAGACGCAACAAUGCCGCUAUCACCAACAAGGGCGAGCCAAAUCGUAUGUACAGGGACCACGAUUUUCGUGAUUGGCGCUAUUACCAUCGGUCUGAGUCUUGUGCUAGCUUUUGGUGGACACAAACUCGGUUCGGUUCUUGAGAGUGGCGCUGCCUAUUGGGCCGGGAUACCGGUGGCAUUUGCUGGAAUUAUAGGCAUCUUGGCAGGAUCUUUGAAAAAACGCGUUUUGGUCAAAUUCUUCUUGUUAUUGUCUAUGGUGUCAUUCGGUAUCGGUGUCGUGAUGUCGGUGUUUAUCGGAUUAAUGCUAAGGAAAUGGAGAUCUCGAGGGGAUUGCAGCUACACAUUUUGUCCUUUUGACAACGUCUCGAUCCUUCUGAUCAUUCUCUUGACCAAUUGUGCGCUGCUGUGCAUUUUAUCAAUCACUGGGAUAAUUGAGUCCUCUCUACCAAACACAGACCAGGAUACCGAGAUGUUUGUUGGUGAUUUAUCAACUGACAAGGACACGUCCAUCGCAAGCGUAACCAGGCCCCAUGCCAACAACACUGCCGACGAUAAGAACGACAGAAAGCAAGCGCUCACGAGAGGAAAAUCAUAUCACAAAGCCAUCGAGAAAAGUGAAUUUAAAAACGAAAUGAUCAUACCAGAUACGUCAGUGUGACUCCAUUAAGAAUAGGCUACACAAAUAGGUUUGAGCACUAGCCUCCUGGGCCGGGUUUCUAGAAAGCAGGUUAACGCUAACCCAUGAAUGAAUGCCCUUUUUAUCCGAUCAAAUGUCAAGAUAGCCGUAUUUAUCCUUGGGUUAGCGCUAACCUUCUUUUUAGGAACCGGCCCCUGGUUCAAACAACAUUCGUGGAGCGACGACGUCGGGACAGGGUUGGGGUGAGUGUUAUGAAGAAACAAUGAAGCGGGUAUGUCAUUUGGAAAUCCUUGGUUUUCAGCGCAUCACCCAAUAAAUCCAUAAAUAUAAAGCAAGUGAAGGCGCCUCAAGCUUUGGUUAGUUAGCUUUUUGAAUCAAUAAAUACAUUCCAGGGGUUCUCGCCUUUUCCACUUUUUGAUUUUUAAAGGAUAUGUGUAAAUAUAAGAAUUUAAAAGCCACUCCUCUCGGUAGACCUUAAAAGGGGAAACACUGAGCUAGCAUUAGUGGCAAAUUGUUGUUAAUGGCCUACUAUUUAUAACUUGGAAACUAAUCAUUCAAUUCAUUUUGAGCGAUAUGGGCCGUCUCAACAAUAAAAAGUGAUCAGAUGACGAGAAUGUAUAUAUAAUAAAAAGGAAAAAAAUUGCAACAUCAAAACCUAAAAGGAUAUUUGCAUGGUUACUGUAUCUGUGAGUUAUGUGGCCUUUUAGGGGGUUUUUCAUCGGUAAACGCACAUUUUUAUAAGGCCCUGAUUUUUAUGAGAUACAAAGCUCAAUAAAGCAGUUAAUAUA